GUCGUUCUGGGUUUUCUGUGGACGGAUUCAAAGAUAAAACUAAUUAGUAAUCUACAUUAGAAAGAAUACUUUAUUAUUUUGCAAAGAAAUUGCCCCGAAUUGUGUUAUUAGGAGUUUGGAUUUCAUAGUUUCUGAGCUUUUUUAAUACUUUUUUUCACCGGACUUUAUAUAUAGGGUCCUGGGAUCAUUCGGAAGAGUAUCGACGUCAUCGCGAACACUUAUCGAUCUCCUUGCUGAUUGUCAACAUGGCGGUUGUUGCACUAAUAAUUCUGACCGUCGGCCUUUUACAAGGCUCUUUUAUUCUAAGCACAUUUCAAUCAAUGUUUCCAAAAGGAGCGAGGAAAACAAGACUACAAAAAUGUUUCAACGCCUUCCAAGUAGCUCCAGUCAUCAUUAUGGAAAUUGCAGAAAUCUGGUUAUUUUUUAUGGUGUUUUUGCCAGCUGAUAUUGAAACCCCUUGGACAUCUAUUAAAGGCUGGAUCCUUACAGCUAUUGCUCUGUACUUGUGGAUUAAUAUGGUGUUUAAUUAUAUGGCGGCAAUGCUAGUAAACCCUGGAUACCCCAAGACAAAAGACGAGCUAGAAGAUUACGGCGGAAUUGAUUUCGGUGUCCAAGUCUUCUGCUCCAAAUGUAAUCGCAUUCGAGAUAAUGGAACUCACCAUUGUUCCACAUGUGGAACUUGCGUUCUACUCAUGUCUCAUCACUGCCCCUUUACAAACAACUGCAUAGGGCUAAAUAACUUCUUAUACUUCUAUUUAUUUCAAGUAUACUGUACUUUGGGUCUUGUAUUCUCUGUAUAUUGCACCCAUAAUGCCUUUGUGGCUUGCUUUAUGUAUCCCUCUUCUGCCAGGGAGAUCUUCUACCCGAGGUACAAAGCACAGUGCGCUAACCUCGGGGACUAUCCAGUUUUAUUCAUCGUGGCUAUUCUUCUACUGAUAUUUAUGAUGGGUGUCCUGUUUUACCACUCAAUGUUACUUGUAAUAGAUGCCUCUAUGAUUGAAUUUCUAAGACUUUUCCAGAGAAGCUCAACUAUGAGGGAGUUUGUGGGAACCCUGUGGGGCAGGAUGAUUGGACGACGCAAGGUUUUUCUAAGAAGAUUGGUUUUGGACAGGAGAGGCAGAUUCUGGAAGUUCUUGGUUCCCUCAUUAAAUGAUGUGGAGGAAAUUUUUUCUUCCGAUGAAUUGCCUGUAUAGCAUGAUCCUUUGUGUCUUUCUAAACCUGAGAUUUUCUAAAAGUUAGGGUCUCGGCUGGUUUUUCAAGCAGAGAAAGUGGUCAUCAAAAUUUUAGCAAAUAUGAAUCCUUUCCUCCAGAGAGAGGAAAAACUAAAAACAAAUAUUGUUUGUAAUGUCCUAUUAAGGAAUUGGAUUGUCCUCAAAACUAAAUAUGAUCAAAUAAAAAAAAAUAAUUAUGAAUUUUUUUAUUAUUAUUUGUAUAUUGAUUAAGUUAAUGCCGUAGUAUUGUUGUGUGGUUUGUAUGUGAGAGACUUCUGUUUUCAGCCUGCUAAUUUUGUGAGCUUAAGUGAGGAUAUAAUAAAUAAAUAAAAAACAAUCAAAAUAUCAAAUUUCACGGUGGUCUGUGUCAUAAUAAGCGACAGCCACAUAUAAAACAAAGACGAAGCAAGCUGUAGAAAGCUGAAAAUAAAAAAGAAAUGAAUAAGAAAAUAUUUGUAUAAGGAUACCUGUGGCAAUGGGACAAUUCGUUUCCAGUGUCCAAAUUGGCGCCAAAUUCAAAUUAGUACUCACGUGUUCAAAAAUGGCGCCCUCUACAAAAACCUCACAAGCUACGAAAACGCCGCCAAAAGAACCGAUUUUUUUUGAGCUAGCAUACUGAUUACAGCUUUAUUCGCAACUUUAUCGACCCAAGAUAUAGUUUGUGUCAUCACUUUGAGGAGUGCUAGACCUGUCUUAGACUUAUUUUUGUGUAGAAUUUUGGAAAAAAAAUUUUGAGGAACAAACAGAGUAACAAUCGAAUCGGAAUAAAAUGUUUGAACGAUUUUCUUACCAAAAACGAACGCCCCCAAAGGUGAAUACAUCAAAA